CCACUCGCACGGCCCCUUCCUCCCUCCUCUCCCGGCGGCUCGCGUUUCCUGCCGCUCCGGCUCUCCUGGCCCUUAAAAGUUCUUCCCAACUUUUCCUCCUCGAGUGGGUGCUGUAGGCGCAGGCAGGGGGCAGGCUGCUGUGCUCCUGCCUGCUCAGCUGCCUACCUCCGGGCUAAGGUCCUCGGGGAGCCGCAGACGCACAGUGACCGCUGGCGGUCCUUCUCCUACUACUUCAGCCAUCCUCCCCGGCCUCCUGGUCUCGUCCUGCCUUGGGCGGGACAGCCCUGGGUUUCGGUGGCUCUUCUUUGCUCCUGCUCUCUGCGCCCCUGCGCCGACUCUUGCGCCCGAUCACGGCGGAACCCUCCCUCCCCUUUCGCCUCCUCCGGCUGAUUCCCUUCGCCCCUCCUCCGCCAGCCACUGGAAUCAAUUCCUUGGGGAAUUGGAGCUCCGCCGCCGCGGCGGAGGGACAGCUUUUCCGCGCGGGACUGCAGGGCUCCAACUGGGCCAUGUAAGCAGUGACCCUGCACAGUGCCACCCCGGGCAUGGACACCCUCUCCCGGGUCGGAGGGAGCACAGCUGGUAGUGCCAUCGCCUGGUCCUGAAGUUGCUAAGGCCACCUCAGGGGCGUGGACGCCAAGAUAGGAGGGCGGCGUCCGAGGGCCACUGAGCCAUGCCUUUCGGCCUGAAGCUCCGCCGGACACGGCGCUACAACGUCCUGAGCAAGAACUGCUUCGUCACCCGGAUCCGCCUGUUGGACAGCAACGUCAUCGAGUGCACGCUGUCAGUGGAGAGCACAGGGCAGGAGUGCCUAGAGGCCGUGGCCCAGCGGCUGGAGCUGCGGGAGACGCACUACUUUGGCCUUUGGUUUCUCAGCAAGAGCCAGCAAGCACGAUGGGUGGAGCUGGAGAAACCUCUGAAGAAACAUCUGGACAAAUUCGCUAACGAGCCUCUGCUUUUCUUCGGAGUCAUGUUCUAUGUGCCAAAUGUGUCAUGGCUUCAGCAAGAGGCCACAAGGUAUCAGUAUUACCUGCAAGUCAAAAAAGAUGUGCUGGAAGGCCGAUUGCGGUGUACGCUGGAGCAGGUGAUCCGGCUGGCUGGCCUCGCUGUGCAGGCUGAUUUUGGAGACUAUAAUCAGUUUGAUUCUCAAGAGUUCCUCAGAGAAUACGUGCUGUUUCCCAUGGAUCUGGCCCUGGAAGAGGCUGUCCUGGAGGAGCUGACACAGAAGGUCGCCCAAGAGCACAAAGCCCACAGUGGAAUCCCGCCAGCUGAAGCUGAGCUCAUGUACAUCAACGAAGUGGAACGAUUGGACGGAUUUGGACAGGAAAUCUUCCCCGUGAAGGACAAUCAUGGAAACGGUGUGCACCUGGGCAUUUUCUUUAUGGGGAUUUUCGUGAGGAACAGAAUCGGAAGACAAGCAGUGAUACACAGGUGGAAUGAUUUGGGGAAUAUCACUCAUAACAAGUCGACCAUCCUGGUGGAGCUCAUCAACAAAGAAGAGACUGUGCUCUUUCACACGGAUGAUAUUGAAAAUGCCAAGUAUAUUUCUCGGUUGUUUGCUACACGGCACAAGUUUUACAAACAAAACAAAAUCUGCACUGAACAGUCCAAUUCUCCACCCCCCAUCAGACGCCAGCCCACCUGGAGCCGAAACUCUCUGCCCCGGCAGCAGCCGUACAUCCUGCCGCCCAUGCACGUCCAGUGUGGCGAACACUACUCGGAAACGCACACUUCACAAGACAGCAUUUUCCACGGGAACGAAGAUGCCUUCUACUGCAACUCCCACAACAGCCUGGACUUGAAUUACCUAAACGGCACCAUCGCCAACGGCAGCGUGUGUAGCGUGCACAGCGUCAACUCCCUGAACUGCUCCCAGAGCUUCAUCCAGGCGUCUCCCGUGUCUUCCAACCUCAGUAUCCCUGGCAGCGACAUCAUGCGUGCCGACUACAUCCCCAGCCACCGGCACAGCGCGAUCAUCGUGCCGUCGUACCGGCCGACCCCCGACUACGACACGGUCAUGCGCCAGAUGAAGAGGGGGCUCGUGCACACAGACAGCCAGAGCCAGUCCCUGCGAAAUCUCAACAUCAUCAACACCCAUGCCUACAACCAGCCGGAGGACCUGGUGUACAGCCAGCCGGAGAUGCGGGAGAGGCACCCCUACACUGUCCCUUAUGGGCCACAGGGGGGCUAUAGUAACAAACUUGUCGGUCCAUCUGAUCAGAUAAACCCAAAGAAUAGCUCAGUGCCCAGCAAGCCCGGGGCAAGUGCCAUCUCCCACACGGUGAGCACCCCGGAGCUGGCCAACAUGCAGCUCCAGGGCACCCAUAGCCACAACACGGCCCACAUGCUCAAAAACUAUCUCUUCAGACCGCCGCCCCCCUACCCACGGCCCCGCCCCGCCACGAGCACCCCUGACCUGGCCAGUCACCGCCACAAGUACGUCAGCGGCAGCAGCCCCGACCUGGUGACCCGCAAGGUGCAGCUGUCAGUGAAGACCUUCCAAGAGGACAGCGCUCCUGUAGUGCACCAGUCGCUGCAGGAGGUGAGCGAGCCCCUCAUGUCCACCAAGCACCAUGGCACGGUGAACAAGCGCCACAGCCUGGAGGUCAUGAGCAGCAUGGUGCGGGGCAUGGAAGCCAUGACGCUCAAGUCCCUCAACAUCCCCAUGGCUCGCCGCAACACGCUGCGGGAGCAGGGGCCCCCCAAGGAGGGGCCCGGGGGCCACGAGGUCCCCCCGCUGCCCCAGUACCACCACAAGAAGACGUUCUCGGACGCCACGAUGCUGAUCCACAGCAGCGAGAGCGAGGAGGAGGAGGAGGCGGAAUCGGUGGCCCGGAUCCCCGGGCUCCGUGAGAACAUGGAGUACAGCGCCCAGCUGCAGGCGGCCUUAGCCCGCAUCCCCAACAAACCCCCUCCCGAGUACCCGGGCCCGAGGAAGAGCGUCAGCAAUGGGGCGCUGAGGCAGGACCAGGUUAGCCUUCCUCCUGCCGUCGCCAGAGCCAGGGUGCUGAGGCACGGGCCGGCCAAGGCCGUCGGUGUCUCCCGCGCCGACCAGCUGGCCGUCAACGGGGCCUCCCUCGGUCCGUCCAUCUCAGAACCCGACCUGACAAGUGUGAAGGAGCGGGUCAAAAAGGAGCCCGUGAAGGAGAGGCCCGUGUCCGAGAUGUUUUCCCUGGAGGACAGCAUUAUAGAAAGAGAGAUGAUGAUCAGGAAUCUAGAGAAGCAGAAGAUGGCAGGUCUGGAGGCGCAGAAGAGGCCGCUGAUGUUGGCAGCGCUGAACGGGCUCUCGGUUGCUCGGGUCUCGGGGCGGGAGGACGGUCGAGCUGACGGCACCCGGAUUCCCAUGGACGAGAGGUUCAGAACCCUGAAGAAGAAGCUUGAAGAGGGGAUGGUGUUCACGGAAUAUGAGCAAAUCCCAAAGAAAAAGGCGAACGGCAUUUUCAGCACAGCGGCUCUGCCCGAAAAUGCUGAGCGCAGCCGGAUCCGCGAAGUUGUCCCCUACGAGGAGAAUCGAGUAGAACUGAUACCGACCAAAGAAAAUAACACGGGCUACAUUAAUGCUUCCCACAUCAAGGUGGUGGUUGGUGGGGCCGAAUGGCACUACAUAGCCACGCAGGGGCCCCUGCCACACACGUGCCAUGACUUCUGGCAGAUGGUGUGGGAGCAGGGAGCCAACGUGAUCGCCAUGGUCACCGCAGAAGAGGAGGGCGGACGAACCAAGAGCCACCGAUACUGGCCCAAACUGGGUUCCAAGCACAGCUCAGCCACCUAUGGCAAGUUCAAGGUCACCACAAAGUUCCGAACAGAUUCUGGUUGCUAUGCAACCACGGGCUUAAAGGUGAAGCACCUUUUGUCUGGGCAGGAAAGGACGGUGUGGCAUUUGCAAUACACCGACUGGCCAGACCACGGCUGCCCAGAGGAUGUCCAAGGAUUUUUGUCGUACUUGGAGGAGAUCCAGUCCGUCCGCCGGCACACCAACAGCAUGCUGGAAGGCACCAAGAACCAGCACCCCCCCAUCGUCGUCCACUGCAGCGCUGGGGUGGGAAGGACUGGCGUGGUCAUCCUCUCCGAGCUGAUGAUCUACUGCCUGGAGCAUAAUGAGAAGGUGGAAGUGCCCAUGAUGCUGAGGCUCCUCAGGGAGCAAAGGAUGUUCAUGAUCCAGACCAUCGCUCAGUACAAGUUUGUCUACCAAGUCCUCAUUCAGUUCCUCCAAAACUCCAGACUCAUUUAAGCCCCGGACCCAGGUCCUGGAAGAGGGACCCGGCGCCACCGUUUUGCAGCUGGGAGGCACCUCCAGACAGCACCUGCGCCCCCUGCAGGGCACGGACAAGCUGGGGCCACAGGACACGGGCUCCCCGAGAAAAGGAGCCAAGAUUAUUCAUAAACACCAUGUAUUAUUUUAUAUGAGAUAAUUUAUUUUUUCCCCUUUGGAAUAACUUUUUUUGAAUCAUUGUAAUGCAGUACUUUUCAUUUGAACCACAGUUUGACUGAUCUGCAUUGUAACACGUUGGUAGGGAAGGUGGCCUGGUGGGCCGUUUGGGGGACAGAGGCACAAGGGAACGCAUCUCUGGUGAAGUCGCAACUAGCUGGGUGACCAGCCCUGCAAUUCAGCUUAACUUCUCAUGUCCGAAUGAAAGAUGGCAAGAAAACAAAUUCUUCCUAAAAUAUAAAGAUCAGGGCCAAGCCCCUUUUCUGAAGGAAAAACAAUACUAUUCCCUUGUAUUUGGGCUGAUGAGCCGUGGUGGGCAGAUUCCUCCCUUCUUCCUGUCUGUCUUCACCCUUUUCCCAGCCCCCAGCUCCAACCGCCAGUGAAAGGGCCGCAGCAGGAGGAAGUCCCGCCCUUACCACGCAGCAGUGCUAUUGCCCGGGCUGAACUCGGAGCUCUGUUUGGGUCUCCGUCGACCACCCCGUAAUCGGGGCCCUGGAGCCCGUGUUUCCUUGCCAGGGGGCUGCCCCCUCCAUAUUUGCGGCUUCUCCUCCUUUGCUCAGUGGGUGCCAGGCUGGUGGCCUUUGAGGCCCCGGGCGAGGCCAUCUGUGCAGCUGGGCCUCUUGCCUGACUGAGAGAAGCUGAUGGACCAGAGCGAGAAGAGAGGGGAGACAGGAAGGCCCUGGAUACUGUAUUGGUUUAUAUACGUAUGUCGGGCGGGGGCCUGAAGGUCAAGGUGCUGGGGGUGUUCUGCCGGUCCAUCAGUCACCAAGUCAGGGAAUGGGUUAGAAAGGAAACAGUAGAGAAAGGUGGUUUACAGGGGCUGCUUGACACUCAGCAGGGGCCCUGGGUAGCGGCCACCCCAAGGGCGACCCCACUGUGCUGGUACCAUCUCCGGGCCUUGGUCCGUGAGAGCAGAACUAAGCCCACUCGGGCCCUGGAGUCAAAACCUCGGCCCAUGUGAUGAAAAAUGGUGACGUUCGUCUCACACAAAGUCCUGCACGGGUCUCCUUUUCUCCAUACAGCCCACUCUGGUCAUCUGUGCUGUUAACGCCAACUUCAGUGACGCUUGGUUCUCACUGUGCCCCUUCCUGGGCCCUCGUCGGUCACUGCCCUUCAGAAUGUCUUAGGUUAGGACACAGAUGUGCCUUGCAUUUUCCAUCUUGCCGAAUUUUGGGGGAUUGUCCCCACUUCUCUAGUUUUUGCUGAGCACAACUUUUAAAUUGUGGUUUUGUUGUCCGAGUUCGUCCCUGUGGUAUUGCACCAUAUCUCCUUCCACGGUUGCCUGGUUUCCUUUUUCUUUUUGUCUUCUUCUGAGCUGAAAACACAAACAAACAAAGAAAGAACGGCAUCAAAUCAACCAGAAAGAAGAGAAGAGUGACUUCCGGUCAGCAGAGACCAACAGAUGGGUGUGGACACAGUUCCCCAUGAAUGGCAUUGGCCUGUGAAUCAACUCAGGGUCGCAUCUGGCCGGAUGGUACGGUGAUCCUUCUCUUGUUUAGACUCAGAGUAUCUGGUGAUGGAGGGCAGAGUGUAAGUGUCCGUCUUAUACCCCAAGACCUAAAGAAUCAGUCAAGGGCUAUAAUAACUCCAGCCGAGCUCUGUAGAUUCUGACAUUUUGGUGCAUAUUCUGAAAAAGAAAACCUUUAGUGUGACAUGUACUUUCAGUGGAACAGAGCUUGUAUCCCGCCCUCCGAGAUGCUCAGAACUUGGGUCAGUGAGCAAAGAGGUGUUUGUUUCCUCUCCGCAGAGACUUUUGUCCUCGGGAUGGUUGGCGGAAGGGUGGCUGAACGGGCAGUCCGCAGUUCCCCACUUUAGUGUCUGAUGAACGGCACCAGCCUUCCGCCUUCCUCUCAGGGGCCCCAGCGUGGGCACCAUGGAUGCGUCUCCCCAGGACGACGUGUCGAUUUGCUGUCUCUGAGCUCAUCGCUUGUGGGUCCCCCUCACCCCACCCAGUGUUACCGCCUGGUGCUGUAGGAGUACUCACUCCUACACCAUGAAUGCAUGGUGUGCAGGAAAGAACCAGGUUUAAUGUCCAACCUCCCGGCCAACGUUUAUAUGGAAACUCAAAAGGGGGAGGGAACGACUCUGAAGCUAUUUCCCAUCUUUCGCUUUGAAAAACAAAGGCCUUGGGUCCUUCGGCACGUUUUGGGUUCCUUUUCCCAUCUCCAGCGGGUGCCAGCCUCUCCUGUUCCCUGAGCAGUGCCAUUUAAACUUCGUUCAGUGGCAUCUGCAGAGUAAUUGCCCAGAGAUGCUUUAUAUCUGGGAAGCCAGCCAAGGAAUAAACCUUGAAGCAAAGUGCAUUAAAUUAGUUAUCUAGUUAGUGCUUUUGGAAUGAGUUCCUGAUGCUGGACCAAGUCCGAAGUUAGGCUCUGUUGCUACGGUUUGAAUUUGAAAGGAGAAAAUUAAAAUGGAGGUGGAGGGGAAGUGCCCCAGAACAGACUUCAAACAUCUCCAGGCUUUUGGUGUGGAAGCUGUCUGGUUGAAACAUCAUCUUUCUUUCAUCCGCUGUCAUUGGGGUGCGUUGACCCCGUGUGUGGCCUUGUUGAGUCUGGUCACUGGAUCGCGGGACGGGGUGUAACGUCUUUAUCCUAGAGCUGAACUGAGCCUCUAGCUCGGUGGUUCCCUUGGGCUCUAAGGAGGCGUCACCUCUCGGUAAGAGUGUCCAGCAGCAUUUCCGGGGGCACCCGCCUGCCUCUCUUCCUGCACAGGAGUGGAGGGUGAUCUGGGUGCGUUAGAGAGGAACAUCAAACACGGAUUUCUUACCGGAGGGCAAAGAGGAUUGGACUCCUGUCCUCGGUUGGAGGGGAACAGGAAGAUGAGGGACAGUAAAUGCUUCUCCCGGUGGAAGAGUUGGGGCGAUAGACUUUUGGGAGCCUGAACACAGAGCAUUUCACUUCCAGAAGCUUUGUGGUCUGCUCCGGCCCGCGGAGCAAUCAACUGGGGCUCGACCACCUACCUAGAACAAAUGAGUUGGGGGGACAAGAGGCGCGAAGAAUGGCAGCAAGACAAAAGAUUCUGAUCAAGCUGCAAACUUUAUUUUUCCGAACUGGGUAUAUAUAUAGGGGGGGGGGAGAGGAAGGAGAUUAGGUUGCUUGCUAUUGGCUAGCUUGAGACAAAGAAGGGCCCGCUUAUUGAUUACUUGGGUGCAGCUGGUACUCGUGGACACCUCAUGUGCCUGUAGCCGAUUGGCUCGUGGAGCACGUGCACACCUCAUGUACCUGUAGCCGAUUGGCUUGUGGAGCGCACAGGUUUCUGUAAUCAAUGCAAUGUUUUUAGCUAGAAGCCAGGUGUAAGGUUCCCAACAGUGGUCCUAGAUUGAGAAGAAAACGAGUGUUUUAAACUGUAAUCAAUGCUGUUGUUCACCCAGGUGCCUGUCCCUCGGCCGUCUCGGCCCCUUCCUCCGUCAGCCUGGAUGGAGCCGCUCUGUGGGCUGUGCCGUGGGCCUCGACCACCGGCCUGCCCAGCACCCCCUACACCUUUAUCCUGUCUGCUCUCAGCUUCUGCAGUUCCGUCAUCAACUCUGGUGGGUACAGUUGGGCGGCAUCUUCAUCCCGCUGCCUGCUUUUCUUAUCUUUCCUGGCUUUCAUAGAGUUCAUAUGAAAUUAGUGAGAGUUGGACCGUAUUUUACUUACAAUAACAGAAAACCCACAUGGAGCGACCUGAUACAUAGAGUGCGUCUCUUCCCCUGACCUAGCGAAGAUCACACAUGGCACGUCACUUCUUCAGACGAGAGCUAAAGGACGGGGAAGCCCGUGCCGGCGGGCAGUGUGGCACUCAGUGUGGCUGCAGUGAGGCCUGUCUCAUGGGGGGAGGGCGGUUCGCAGGCCUAGAGGUCACUCUGCAGAGGCGUUAGCACCCUGUCGAGUCUGCCAGGUGGGGCUGGCCACCAGGCACAGCACUGUGGGGUGUCCAGCUGCCGUCCUUUCUGGGUGUGCCAUCUGUAUUAGCUGACCCCAGCCCGGUGGUUAGGGGACGUGAUGUGUGGAUCCUGAAGGUGUCCUAUCAGAGAGCAGAGGUGCUUUCCAACCUCUCUCCACCUCCCAGUGUGCGUUUCACGGGGAAAGCGGGCAGACCUCCUGGUUUUCUUCUGUGGGAGAUUUGUCAGUCACUCAGGGCAGGGGCAGGUGCAGGGGCCUUCUCAGGCGUAUGCCAGGGAGCUCAGAUGUGAGGAUGGGACUGGGCCAGACCCAUGUCGGUGGUCCUCUGCCCUUCGUUCCGCCUCCCUGCCAGGAAUAGUUGGGCUCCUGGGGUCAGAAAUUCCCAGAAACACCAAGUAACCCCUGGUGGGCUCUUAAGUGGCCCUUUGUGGGAAUUCGGCUUUCUCUCAUCUUACCAAAGAUUCUUCUGCUGCUCUGUGAAGUUGUUGCCUCUGGUUUUUAGCAGACACUGCUCAUGCUCUUAUGCAGUGAUUUCUUUCUGUGAGCAAAACAACAGCCCAUCUAGCACUACUUCCAAAUGCAGAAAUGUGGGUUUUCCGUGGACACUGCACACACUUCCCAGUGGCCCACAGCUUUGUAGGUGACAAACCAGCUGGCCCUGUAGGGUGGAGAUCUUUAAGAUGCCGAGCUGUGUUUGACACUUCCCUUGAACUCUGGGCGAUAAAGUAGGAUGGUUUGGUCUUUGCCUCAGUUUCUAAGACUUUCGGGGGCAAAAGCCCUUAGUGAUGCAUCUGUUGCAAGUCACAGCAACGUGCCUGGGAGAAAUGUGAGGUUCAUCCAGUGGAAUUCAGCCAGUCCACACACGUGGGUGGGUGAGUGUCUUUAUCCAGGUGAGACUACUUUGCUUAUCUUUUCUAGCUUAAUACAUCUGUAUCUGUUCCUCAAGGCCAAACUAAAAGAUUCUCGGCCAAAAUGUCCGUGAACUUGGCAUUGAGUGUCUGGUGUCAGUUGAUUUCAUAGGACCAGAUGGUUUUCUGUGGUUUGGUGCUGUCAAGGGGAGGAAGUGCAUCAGUUCCUGCAUUUCAGAGCUUUGGCCGGCCCCCCAAUCUUAACAGUAAAUCCAAGGACGUUUCAUUAUAAGACAGGAGGGCCGGAGCUGAUGUGCAGCCUGAAUAUGACAAGUGUCCACACGGAAAGUCUCUGUUUCUUCGGCCACACGUUGGGCCAUCAGGACCAUUCUUUCCAGAAAGUUCCAUAAGCUUGUCCAGGGAGCACCUCUGAAUGGGGAGAGGAGGAGGGAGGGUUUUAGAUCAACCCUGAAGUUGCUAUGAAAACAUUCACGGAUUCACAAAUAAGUUUCUGGACCCUAGAACGUCUCUCACGCUCCUCCUUCCCUUGCUGUGAGGCCAUGGGCCAGGUGGUGGCCCCCCCUCGAGAGACCCCACUGCCGUGUGGGGGUCUACUUCACCCUUGCUCGCAUUUUUACCCACGUUCUCACUGUGGUGCAGAGCUCGAUGAUGCUAUGGCUUCUGGUGGCCCCCUGGGUUUGCUGCUGCCAAGUGCUGACUCCCGUCGUUUGCUGUUGGCCCUUCCUUUCUCUACAGCCUUUUUCAGCAGCGGGUUCUGCUCAUCCAUCCCCGUGGCUCCCGGUCAGAAUCACAGCCCCCCUGCACCUUGAUUCUUCUUUCCUGCUGUCCCAGAGGCCUGCAGAGCAUUUUCCCCUUAGGGCAAGUCAGGUUUAUAAUCAGGGUCCCAGCACCGGAUGUCAGGAUAGCAACUGCAGUUGUUGCUUGUCUCACUAGGGGGCGUGGUGGAGCUGUUCUGUGAGGUCCCCCUGUUUAUCCCGAGACACCUCAUUCGCCAGAGGCUGUGCCCACCGACCUCUCCUUGUCCUCCACUUGUGUGAGGGACCCGCUCUCAUCAGCCCACCUUCUUUUCUUUCCCUGCCUUGUCAGGGCAACCCCUACACAAUAGUUUAAUCUGGACCACAUCAGUAAUCUGUAUUAAACUCUUGAACCUCUCCAAACUGUGUAAUCAGGAAAUACAGUUUUAAUUUCUAAAAACUCUUCAGUUUUGAGGAGUGAGAUAUGAUCUGGCAAAUAGAAAUAAGCAGAAUAGAAAGAGCCAGGGCACUGGCCCGACCUGCCCACUCUUUCCCUUGGUGACAGCCCCUUGCUCAGUACCAGCUGAGAGGGAAGCAAGGAUGGGUUUGAUGGACCGCCCUCUUCCAACAGUGACUGACAGCAGCAGCACCUGGUGCGUAUUCCAAGGUGAACACAUGGAUUCCCAGCAGCAUCUGUAGCCAGGUUAAUUUGUUCCUGGGCUCCCCAGACCUUUGACAAUUCGUGUUAUGGUCAGUUCUGUCAUCUGGCGAGGCGGGGGCAGGGUGAGCUGUUGAUCCACUCUAUGGAGCUUGCCCCGUCCCUCCUCCCCCAUCUCCUGCUCCCGGGAAAGGCAAAUAAAUGCCUUCUCACAGAAGGUUUUGGGGAGAAAGCCCAAAGGAUUGGGUCUGGGCUUUUUGUGCCCUGCAGUGGAACUGUCUCGCUAAAAAUCUCAGGAAUGCUGCUUCCAGUUUAGCAUCAGUGGGCUCAGCAGGGGCGCCAGGAGUUCUAGGCGUCUCCCAGGGGCCUCCGACCCCCUCCCCCCACUGCGGUGUGAGCUAAUAAAUCACCUUCAGCCUGGGACUGAAAGCUGUCAUUCAGGGCCUGUUUGUGUUCGACUUGAACACUGCAAAAUGUUACCGCUGUUGCCUUUCACGGAGCUUUCUUCCCAGUGUUCGGGAUCUUCAGCAUCUAGUAACCUUACCCUUUCAUAACGAAGGUUCCUCUUCAUCAGAGAUGACUCCCUGGAUGUGUCCUUUGUCCCUUUAAUGGUCAGCUAAUUUGUUUGAGGGGUCAGAAAUGGGAAAAGAAAGUUUUACAUACGCAGAUGACUAUUAAAUAUGUAACCUUAUGUGUAACCUGUGCUACAUCCAAUCACAGGUGUAUCUAGUUUGUUUCACUGGACGACUGUUAUGCUACUUAAUUCAGUAUCUUGAUGCUUUCCUUAGUCUGUGUUUUAUAAAACGUCACAAAUUGCGGCAUCAUUCAAAAACAAUUGACAUUAUUAGCUUUCCUUUCUAAACGAUACAUAGACAAACUCCCAGUUUAGAAGCCAGUUUGUUCGUGACGUUCUUGGAUUGGCCCACAGGAACCUCCUGACUCCCAACAGAGCUGAGAUUUUGGGUGGUGUCAGCCAGAGCCAGCCGGCUAUUGCUGUGGGCUGACCUGGAAAUCUAACCACCUGCUAGGUUGUUGCGGUGAGAAAUGCAUUCCAGGUGGGGGCUUGGGCUCCUGAGUUGCUACCUUGCAGAUGGAAGUCUCUCCUUACUACCAACUUGUAAGGGGAGAGAGGGAGCAGGGAGUUUGUAAGACAUUCCCUAAGUUGGGAAGUGUUUACCAAUAUUCAUGCCAACUCUACUUCGUUAUAGGCUCCCUCUCAAUUUAAUAAUAUUAAAAGCCUUAAGUAAAACUAUGCAUGCUAUUCUAUAUGCUUUUUUUUAUAUCAGUUAAUAAGCUUGUGCUUGGCAGUUUUGUACACAGUUACGAGGUGUAUAAAGCUGACUUUUGACAGUAUUUUUUGCACUGUUUCCUUUGUGUUUUUAUAACGUCUUAUUUAGAUACUGUUGCGAAGUUGCGUAUCUGUUCUCACUGCCAGGACACGGCUGUGAAAUGUUUCAUAUGUGCCUUUACAAAGGUGAGAUCUCUAUUCUAACCUUCUUUUUUAUAAAAGAUGUCUAUUGAUUUAACAUAUGCAAUAAACCUUUUUU